UGCCGUUGUCAGUUGUUAUUUUAUAGCGCAGCGGGCUGGUCGUCGUGCAUUACGCGUUCUUUUCUCACCUCUCACGCAUACUACGCGAGUAAUAUUUGAUCUGUUAUUACGUUUCGUUUCGGUCUUUUUUUUAAGUCUGUUUCAAUUUUUUUGGUGUCUUGUGCUGCGCGCGCGCAACAAUUACAACAAGCAAACAAACAAAACGGUGGCUGCAACUGUUUAACAAUUACAAUUCGCACACAUACAACAAAUACAAACACACAAACGACAAAAUGCAGCAGAAAGCCGAUGAGAAAAUCGAUCCGUUGACACGCAUACAGGAGGAGAUCAAGGAGGUGGUGCGACGCGAGGAGGAAUACCGCCAGCUGGUGGCCAGCUCCAAUGGGACGCCGCCGGUCAUCGAGGCCAACUACAAGCUGAAUGGCAAUGUCGAUGCUGAGCCUGUUGGCCAGCAAGAGGAACUGCUUGAGUCGGAGCACGAUCAGGAUCGGGAUCGGGAUCAGGGAGUCCUGGUGACUGCGCAGCCAGCGGCUGCAACGUUGCUGGUGCCCAUCGAGGAGCAAUCGCCCUCGAACACGCCCUCGCUGGCAUCGAGUGUGAACAGCAACAGCCACAAGGAGGAAUCCCUCGAUGAGCAUCACUCCGAUGAUUCUGGCAUCUCGGCUUCCUCGCAGAAGACGGCGACCGCGAAUGGCGGAGCGGGUGGAAAGCAGCCGCUGAAGCUGACGAUUGUGGGCAGACAGGAGCAGCGUUACAUUGGACCCAAUUGCUACAAUUUGACGCCAGAGCCGCCGCAGCAGAAGCUGAUGACGCGAACGAUUUCGACGCCGCAGUUGCAUGGACAGCAACAGCAGAAGCGUCAGUUUGCCUUCAACUCGGCCACGAAGGGAGUCAUGCAGCGUUUCAUUGCCUCCCAUGGCAAACUGCAGUUGGGUUCUGUCACGCCCCCUGCCUCUACACCGCUUAUUCUCUCGCCCCAGAACGGAAACGGAAACAACAGCAAUAGCAGCAACAACAACAAUCAAACUCUCAAGCUGAAUGCACGUAAUGCGAUGGCUUUCCUCGAUUCGGGAAAUCCUGGCUCGCCGCUGCUGAACGGCAACAGCAACAACAACACUAUCAACAUCAACAACAACAACAAUACGCUGUCGCAGGGCGCCAUCGAGCGGGACUCCGAGGGACGUCCGCUGAGACGCGGCUAUGUCCCCGUCGAGCAAAAGAUUCAGCGCGAGCUGCAGGACCUCAAAUCCCGCGAGACCGAACUGAAGCGUCUGCGCAAGCUCAACCGCCAGCACAUGCUCGACAAGCUUCAGUUGAGCACAGACGACGAAGCCGAUGCGGAUGAUGACGACGAUUCGGAGGUGGAACAUUGUUAUGGUCCCGGUAAAUUGCGCAAUGCACAGUCCACAGUGGAGCUGGACAGAGAGAGCAACGAUGUGGAGCUCCUGGGCCACAAGACGUCCGGUAAUCGCAGCCUCAACGUUGCCGCCAAUGGCAACGGCAAUGCUCUGACCACAAACGGAUCUAGCUCUGGCUUGCGUCCGGCCAUGUCGCUGGCGGAGUUGUGUGACCUGACGCCGGAGGAGGCGCCAUCGUCGCAUCGCCUGAUCGCACAGUGGGAGAGCCUCAUCAAGAAGAAUGCCGAGGGCAUUGAGGCGGCCAUCUAAAUGCACCUGCGGCGCUCCGACCGAAAAGCACACCAAAUUAUUAUUAUUGUAAUGUUGUCCCAAGCACGAAAAGAAAACCACAACUCGCCUCCCUUACACACGAUGCAAUUCCCUCGCCCCCCGCCCCGCCCCGAAAUUGAUGGUUUUUUUUUAGUAUUUUUUUUUCUUUGUUGUGGUCGCGAUUUACUUUUAAAAGGUCCAUGUACUUAAUUGAUGUCCUCUAAUUUAUGCAUUGCUUAUGUUAUACGCAAGCCCCGAUUUGAUCUAUUGUACAUAAUUCUUCGUGUUGUUUCCGACUAUAUAAUUUAUUUAAAAACGAAAUUGAUUAAAUCAAAAACAACAAAAAAUACCCCUACGACGUGACGUGCAUGAUGAGUACCUUAACAUAUAUAAGCCACAAUGUAUAGCAGUACGUCUCUAUCUGUAUGUAUAUGUAAUACCAUAAUAUGUAUCUACUACACGAUAUGCGAUAUAUAUAUAUAUCAAUACUAUGCGAAAAACGAUUUAAUAAAAUAUAUUAAUGUAUACCGUUAA